AUGGCUUCCAAGGGAAAUGUUGCAUCCACUUAUGUUGCACUACUCAUGUGUCUCUAUUUGCUUUCAUUCACCAUGGUGAGCUCUCAAAUCUCAACCCCACCACCAAUGCCUUCUCAAAACGGUACAUGUCCUAUAAAUGUACUUCGAUUGGGUGUGUGUGCCAAUGUGUUGAACCUGGUCAAUGUUACACUAGGAUCACCACCAACCCUCCCCUGUUGCACCCUCAUUCAGGGUUUGGCUGAUGUUGAUGUUGGUGUUUGCCUUUGCACUGCCCUCAGAGCUAACCUUCUUGGCAUCAACUUAAACUUGCCAAUUUCCUUGACAUUGCUUCUCAAUACCUGCAGAGGGAACAUCCCUAAUAUCCAGUGUUCUUAA